GAUCAUCCUCCGACCUCGCCGCAGCCUUCAAUAGACCGGUUAUCGGUGACGUGGGCGGACCCUGGUAACAUGACAUCCUCGGGAGUUAACCUAUUCCAUCUGCCCUCAGAGACACCCAUCACUGAGGUUAGGUUUUCGCCAACAGGUGGAGACGGCUCUGAUGAUGAGACUUAUUCCGCGAGCCUGAGCGCAGUACUACGGCAGCGCCGCGCCAGCGUGAGGAGGUCCCGUAAGGGUCGCACCAGGAGACCAUCGUCACCAUUCAUGAACGACGAGAGCAGGCCGCGGCGACGGUCUUCUGUUUUCACAACCAGCUCUGGGGACACGGCCAUUUCUAUGGAAGAAGUGCAGCAAACGAUCGUAACCCAGGAGCAGAUCUUCGAGAACAUUCAUCUGCAUAAAGAAGUGUUAGGCUCGGUGAAGCAACAACCAUUGGGCAUGAGACGAAAACUUAAGAUUGUACACCAGGCUAAAACGUACAUCAAACGACACGAAGGCCAACUUCAGGAGCGUUUGGCGCAGUCCAAGUGUACAAAGGAUAUUUACGCCAGAUUCAAUAUACUUAUGGCUGCGAAAUGGCAACAAGUGAAACGUGAAGCCGCAAAUACUUCGAAUCUACUCAUUCCCUGGGAAUUACGGAUCAAAGAAAUCGAAUCGCAUUUUGGCUCGGUGGUCGCAUCAUACUUCACGUUCCUCCGCUGGUUGUUUUGGGUUAACCUGGUUAUCGGAUUCAUUCUGCUCGUCUUUGUUAUAGUCCCAGAGUAUCUAACAGCCGAUCCUCUGCAAGACGGCGAAAGGAAGAUAAUAAUGGAGGACGAAAUACGCAAUUCUACGAAGCUGUUGACCCUUUGGGAGUUCGAAGGUGUACUGAAAUACUCUCCAAUAUUCUACGGCUAUUACAGCAACCUGGAACGACCACAGUACAGGAUGCCGCUCGCCUAUUUCCUGACCGGCCUCGUUGUUUACAUUUAUAGCUUCGUGGCUAUUCUUAGAAAAAUGGCAGAAAAUUCUCGAAUGUCUAAAUUAUCAGAGAAAGAAGACGAAUGCAUAUUCUCGUGGAAGCUAUUCACUGGAUGGGAUUUCAUGAUAGGCAACACAGAGACAGCACACAAUCGCAUAGCAUCGAUCAUACUCGGUUUCAAAGAAGCGUUACUUGAAGAAGCUGAGAAGAAGAAAGACUUGAGAAACUGGCGCAUUAUAUCUCUUCGUGUCUUCGUCAAUCUGUGUGUGAUCAUCCUACUUGCUGUGUCUGCAUACGCGGUAGUCUAUGUUGUGACGGGCUCUGAUAACAACCAGAAAGUUCGCAGCUGGUGGUGCGAGAAUAAGACCACGAUAGUCGUCACUGGUAUCUCGAUUACGUUUCCGGUUUUCUUCGAGCUACUUGGUUUCUUGGAGCAUUACCACCCGAGGAAGCAGCUCAGGUUACAAUUGGCAAGAAUAAUGCUUCUUAAUUUGCUGAAUUUGUAUUCUUUGAUUUUUGCCUUGUUCAACAAAAUCGAUGGCAUGAGCAAAGAUCUAGACUCCUUACAGCCGAAGCUGGACAUGAAUGCGACAGCUUUUCCCGAAAUACUACUGAAUAUGACUGAAGUAUUAGCCACCAAUAUGCCUAGCGAAUGCUUUGAAGAAAGAAUUAUAUGUGGGUCAUGUAAUAUGGAGAUAACGUUUCAAUUUAGUAUAAUGAAUGACACAGAUUCGCCGUUGCACAUAUACAAAAGUAAAACCAAAGCUACUAGACAAGAGCGUGCAAUAAUAUUAAAAAAUAUAUAUGCAAAUGAAAACGAAAGCAUUAAAGAUGAAACUGCCAUAGACGAAGCAGAUGCUGAAUAUUCGACAGAAUCACAAUUUUCAAGUUCUGCUACAGAAAACGAAUAUUCCAUUUCAACCGACAUGCAGAAUGGAUCCGAAACAACGGUACUCGAGAGUAUAUUAUUACAUAGAAAACAACUACAAAAUUUACAUAAAAUAAUACUAUUGAUACCACCGGUUGUAGUCAAUAAGCCAAAUCAAACUUCAGAUAUCGAUUACAAUGAAUAUGAGGAAGCAGGCUCGGGAUCAUCUUCAGUUGAGAACACGAAAACAAUAACAGAUACCGUGAGUACUGAAUCGUUUCUCUCGUCAACAGAAAGCUUAGAAACGGAAAUUACAGAAGAAAUUAAAACUAUAGAUUUCGAAACAACUACAUCGACAUCUAUUACAAGUGACGUGACUUAUGACCCGAGUACCGAUUCAGAACUAACACCAAGCACACCCGAUGGAAUUACCGACACAACAACAAGCUUUGAUGAUGUAACAUCUAGUACAUUAGAUUUUAGUAGUAAAGAUAUGUCGGACAUCAUCACAGAGAGCGUGGAGAUUGAUACUACUACUCAAGUAAAUAAAUUAAUUGACGAUUUUACAACUAAUAUAUACAUAUCAACUGAACCAUUCACACCUACAGAAAUAAGCGAAACAACAACAUAUAAGGAUGUAGAAAACGUCUAUGUAUAUCCUAACAUUGAUAUGGUUUUCAACUGCACAGUCAAUUGUGGAGGUCUUAACGUUACUCAAGUCACCUAUAUAUCUAACUUUACGAUAGUAGAGAGAAUUUGUUACGUAACCAAAUGCCAAUAUAGUACGCUAAACUAUUUGCGAGACAAUCAGAUUAAUAUGACCAUCGUAGACAUGGUGUAUACCGAUCAAAACAAUAGAAAGGUUUAUAACUUGACAAAGGACACAAAAAAGAAAUUAUUGAAACUGUGUUGGGAAACCAUGUUCGGACAAGAACUCGUUAAAUUAACUAUGAUGGAUUUAGUAUUUGUACUUUUGAGUGCUUUAUUUAUGGACUUCUUUCGGGCACUGUUUGUGCGAUAUAUGAACCGCUGCUGGUGCUGGGAUUUGGAGAAAAAGUUUCCGGAGUAUGGGGACUUUAAGAUCGCCGAGAAUAUUUUACAUUUAAUAAAUAAUCAAGGAAUGGUUUGGAUGGGAAUGUUCUUUUCACCCGGCCUUGUGGUUCUGAACGUAGUAAAAUUGAUGAUCAUGAUGUACUUACGUUCGUGGGCUGUUAUGACCUGCAAUGUGCCCCACGAAGUCGUAUUCAGAGUUUCAAAGAGCAACAAUUUCUAUUUGGCCUUACUGUUAACCAUGUUGUUUCUUUGUGUUCUACCAGUCGGCUACGCUAUUGUUUGGGUGAAACCGUCUUGGCAUUGUGGGCCUUUCUCUGAAUAUGACAGGAUUUCCGAAAUCCUAACCAAAAAAAUAAAAAAGAAGCUACCAACUACAUUAAACUUUGCAUUACAAUAUAUAGCAUCUCCAGCAAUCGUCAUACCUUUAUUGGUUCUCUUAAUUCUUAUAAUUUAUUACUUGAUAUCGCUAACUAACUCUUUGAGGGAAGCCAAUAACGAUUUAAAGAUUCAACUUCGCCGUGAACGAACCGAGGAGCGAAGAAAAAUGUUCCAACUGGCUGAUACAAGAAGACGCGCUGGGUCAUCAGCAAUGGAUAAUACUCCUUUUGCUCGAUGGAAGAAGGCUCUACCGUCUUUGCCAUUUAGCAAAUCCAUCGAUUCCGACGAUCGUAAAGCAUCAACUGGCGAUGAGAUUAUUCUGCCUUCGAAGAAAAAGAAAGGUGGAAUCUUUGCGAAAAUCGUUGGAAUGGCUUUAGAUAAAAAAGUUGACGUAGAAGCAGUAUCUGAAGUAGAUAAUAUGUCGCCAUCUCUUAACAAUGCUGAUGACGAAACCGAUACAGACUUUCAUGAAACAUUACCCAAAGAAGUAUUGAAAGCAAAAGAUAUAACCAUAGUUGCACACUAUGACAAAGCAAAAGAAAAUAUUGUACUAGCUAAGCGAAAUGAUAGUGAAGAAAACAAAACAACUGUUAACGGGAAAUCGUUGAAAGUAAAAAAUGAUAAUAAAACAGAAAAGAAAGCCGUAUUCGAAAAGCAAAUGAAAGAUCCGCAGUACGGAGAUAUUGAAAAACCUGAGGAAGGUAAAGCUCCAGAACCGUAUCCUAAACAAACUGUUGCACAACGCGAGGAUAUGAGGAUUUGUAAGAAACAAACAUCAGAAUCGAGUACGAAGUCAAAGCAAUCUGAUUCCAUUGGAUCUGUAAUACCAGUCAUAACCAUAAGUACUACUGAAAGUGAUGAAGAAACACUAUCUAAAAUAGAAAAAAUUGAGGAAAAAGAAAAGGACAAAAAAACGAACAAAAACAACACCGACUUGAAGUCACUCAGAAGGCAGAGUAGCGUUGAUAGUAUACAAGAAAUUAAGCUCCCAAAAGAGAAAAAACAAGAAGAAGGACAUAAAUUUCAGUACUCGCUGUGAAUGUAGAACUUACGUUAACUAAGUUACAAAUA